GCUCACUUCAUUUAAGAAAAUCCAAAGAAAACAACCAUGUCGCUGGUUCCUUUGAAUUUUGAGAAAAAUUCACUCUUCUCAAAGUUUCAGAGUGAGUUUGAUAAGAGUUUUGAAGAUUUCGAGAAAGAAUUAUUCAAGUUGAGCCCAUGGGAACAGGACAAAGAUCCAUUUGAUUUGUCUCAUUUUGGGAAAAAUAUGCUGGAACUGGAGAAUCCCAUCGUAGAGGAUAAAAAGGGAAGUAAGAAACUGCAUCUGAAAUUUGACUGCAGUCAAUUCAAACCAGAGGAAGUCACUGUGAAAACUAUGGAUGGAAACAAAUUGACAGUGCAUGCUAAGCAUGAGGAAUCUGGCAAAGGACAAAAGGUUUAUAGAGAAUUUACCAGGUCUUAUGUACUCCCAGAGAGCGUUGAUGCGGGAAAACUGACCUCCACAUUGUCCUCAGAUGGUCACCUGUGUAUUGAAGCACCUGUACCAAAACACGCGACCAAGGCCAUAAAAUCAUGACAUUUCUUUUUCAUUUACAGUGUUGAAUUUGAAUCAUUUCUUUUUUUGUGUUUGGAUAUUGUCUCAUAAUAUUGGUAAGAAGUCUUACGAGCUCGAAUUGUCCAUUUUUUUUUAACUUUAUACAAGAAUUUAUGCUUCAUGAAUCAAUAAAUUUUUUUCUAAAUA